GAAGUGGUCGGUAAUAACAUUUUUUUUUUGUAUGCCAAGAAGAAGAAAAAGACAUCUUCAUUGUGCCCCGCGGUUUUUGAAUGUUGAUCUACGAUGACCGCCCGGCGUCCCCACGUCGCCACUCCUCUGCGAGCAACAUCUGGCCCAGAUGCUGAACAAGUUCCAGCAAGUCCCGCUGCAGAGGAUGAUGAGGGACUGCUGGUCGCCCUCAGUGGGUUGUCUCGCCAGGUGACCGAGGUACUGCAGAACCAAGCACAGCUGAUGGAAGACAUGGCGGACAUUAAGGCCAGACUGACUUCACUGGAGGAAGGAGCUUCUGAAUCCGGAGGACCAAGCUGUGGCUGCUCCAAGGGGAAGAGAAAAAGACGGGCUCAAAAUCCAAAGAUUGCAGAAACUGUGAGGCGUCUUCACAACUGUGAAGAAAACACCAGGCGCUAUGACCCGGCUCAAGGACUGAGCUCGCCCUACAACGAGGCAGUCACUUCACAUUUGGUGGCAGUUCUGGCCUCAAGACCGGACAUGAAGGCUGUGGACACUGGAGUCUCUUCAUCUGCCUGUAAGACAUAUUAUGAGACUGUCCGGAGGAACUUUAGAUACAACCAGCCCAACCUCGCGGCCCAGGCAGCGGCCAUAAAGAGUGCAGCCCGGAGCCGACAGAGAAGGAAGAGGCUGCUGGAAGCGAGGAGGGCGGUGUUGGCCGAAGAUGAAACGGACGCCUGGAGUGGUGUUACAAUAGACAUGAUGUCCGACGAAGAGGAUGGCAUGGCCGAUGGGGAAGUUGGCUGGAUUGUGAGGCCUCCGUCGUUCAGGAGCAGAGAGCUGUCAGAACUGUGCGCCGUGCUCCAGGAGAGACUCGAGAGGGACCCUAAAUAUGUGGCCACGCACCACAAAAGGCUCCGCGUUGGGUCACCCUCGGACAGAGCAGCACAAAACACAUAUGAACCUGAAGCUGCCAAGAGACAUAUCAAGACCCAAAACUUUUAAAACUCUGCUCUUUUUUUUCCCCCCCUUUUUUUUAAAUUAUUAUUUUCUGACAUAAACAUUCCGCACAACACAAGACGGACUGGGUCAUCAUGAGAGUCAAGAUGGAUUAAAGGACAGAGACAGGUUGCACAGGGAUGUAAGAGUCUGUAGGCCGUGCUGUAAAUUAAGCUCAGCCGUCAUCACGUCUUUGUCCAUUCAUAUAUUGAUCCACUACGUUGUAA